AGAGGUUAGUUAGCUACAGUAGACGGUAGUUAGCAAGUUAAUCGUAAUCAUCUUCUUGAAGCUUCUAUUUUCGUUGUAUAAAUAGAGCAGCUUCUACAUCUUGUAGAUCUGAUUUUCAUAUUCAAUAAACAUGAGUUCUUCGUCUACAAUCUACAGCCUAGUCUAUUCAAUACCCUGUCAGAGGAAUCCUCGACAUAAGAAAUCCCGAAUACUAGCGCGAAGGCCAUUAUGAAUUCCCGAUCAAAAUACUUCCAUGCGCCGGGAAAUAAACCCAGGGCACAGAUUUACUCUGUUUAUGCUGCUACUAAAGCGUACAUCGAUCAGUUCUCAAGAUGCCUUUACGUGGAGUACAAAAAGAGUGGGAUUGAUGUACACUGUCAGAUGGCAUCAAUCAGAAGGUCGUCCUUCUUCGUUCCAUCAGCAGAUGGUUAUGCUCGUGCAGCUCUGCGUUGGAUAGGCUACGAGCCACGUUGUACUCCUUACUGGCCACACACCCUCUUCUGGGCCGUGGCAAAUUCUCUGCCCGAGUCAGCCAUUGAUGCGUGGCGCCUCAAGUUCUGCCUCGCCAUUCGAAAGCGAGGACAGCUCAAGGAUUCGAGGAAGCAGGAGUAGAAGCCAAGUCAAUCCACUUACACUCAUUCUAUCUCUAUGUUUCAUUCUUUAGUUUCCACCCUCAUCAACCAAGAAUGUUGUUAGUUAUUUGUGUAACUUAAUAUGCAAGACUAGUGUAACUUUAUUUGUUUACAACUUUGAAGUAUUUUCUCAAUAUUCUUGAAAAAUAAUUCCUGUACUA